GCGGACCGAAGAAUUCGAGCAGGUCACCAUGGAAACCUAAUGUUAGCAACGUUAAAGCUGGACGGCUGUUUAAAGUCUUACCUGCCAUUAAACAGCGCUGAAAGACGGAAACACGAAGAGUUUGCCGUGAUGGAGUUUCCUCAGCAUUCCCAGCAGCUGCUGUCCGCCCUGCGGUCUCAGCGCCAGCGGGGCUUCCUCUGUGACUGCACCGUCCUGGUGGGCUCAUCCCGUUUCCUGGCUCACCGGGCUGUUUUGGCCUCCUGCUCGCCAUUCUUCCAUAUGUUCUACUCAGACUCUCCAGGAGGAAACGGCACCAGCAGCUCUGUCACGCUCGACAGUGACAUUGUCACAUCAGCUGCAUUUGGCUUGCUCUUGGACUUUGUCUAUGAAGGAGUGCUGCAGCUUGAAGAGUCACCUCCAGUGGAGGACGUAUUGGCAGCUGCAAGCUUUCUACACAUGAAUGAGGUAGUAAGAGUUUGCAAGAGGCGGCUGCAGAGACGAGGGCCUCUGGCUGAGGCAGACAGCACACGCUCUGAAGAGAGUGCUGGUUCGAGGAAGGAAAUAGAGACACGGAGGAAGGAUGGGGGUGACCGUGGAGCAGAGCCCAUGGUGGCCAUGGCAUCAGAUCACUCAAAUCCAGUCACCAUAGCUGCACCACUGUUAUCAGCAUCCAUGGUGGCAGAGAGGAGCCAUGUGGAGACUGUGAAGUCUGAACAAAGGACUGGUGGGCAGUCAUCAGAGGCACGAGCUCAGACUCCUUUGAGCCCCGAUCUCGCCGAUACCACCCAGCCAGGCAUGGAUGGCCCUCCUCUGCCCCCAGGUGGAGAGCUGGUGCAAGGCUUCAUCACAGGCCAGUCUGCCCCUGCUCCUGGAGGUCACAUCAGGAUGGGGGCUGUGCAUCAGGGAGAAGGCACAGCACUCUGUAGUCCUUGUAGCACCACUGAGACAUGCAGCAGUAACCAGCAGCCUUCCUCCUCAUCUUCUUCUCUGGUCCCAGUGAGCCAGGCUGCUGGUCGCUCACUGGUUGCUCUUCCCCAGUCAGAAUCCAGUGCACAUCCUGAUGAACCGCAACUCCCACGCAAUGGCUCUUUAGGGGAACCCUCAGUCACUGAUGACAGAAGUACAUUAGGCAAAGGACAGCAGAUGGUUAUGUUGAUCCAAGCAUCAGCUCUGACCUCACAUUUACAAUUAAGCGCACCAAAGACGCUGUCCCGGCGUGCGCCUCCACAGAUCCGAAUUCAGAGUGCCAUAUCGCUUCAAACCCAGAGCUCAGAAUCCCUCGCUGCUGCUCCUCCUCCUCCUCAGAGACAAAUGCUUAAAGGACCUGAGGGGGGCACUGGAGCUUCAUCUAAUACUAAAAAUCACCCUCUAAUGGGAACAGAUAGGAGAGGCAAUGAUGGAGAGAAUGUGAAAGUCAAAGUGGAGGCCAUUGUUAUAUCAGAUGAAGAGCUAGAGGAUGAGAAAGAGGAAAGCAAAGAGAGAGAACCCGUGAUGGAAGUUGAUGAUGACUUUGAAGAUGACAUCCAGGAAGAAGAUCUGAACAGCCCUCAGUUUCUCUCUUCUCACCCACAGGGCUUCUUACAAUUGACCUCCCAAACAAAUGAUUACUCCUUCCCCCUCUCUCCCUCCUCCUCCUCCUCUGGGGCUGGACCUUCCUCCCAGGAUGCUUCCUCUUUCACUGCAUCCCUCAUUCCUCCAUCCACAUCUCAGCAGCACUCCGACCCUGUUGCAUAUUUCCAGGAGCUCCAGGACUCUGUAGGAAACUUCGUAGAGGACGUACCAACGUGUGGUGUCUGUGGAAAAACUUUCUCGUGCACCUACACCCUGAGACGCCACGCCAUUGUGCACACACGGGAGCGGCCGUAUGAGUGUCGCUACUGCUACCGAAGCUACACACAAUCGGGCGAUCUGUACCGACACAUUCGCAAAGCGCAUGACCACACACUGCCAGCCAAACGCAGCAAAGUAGACACAGAGUCCUCUCUGCCAGCGCAGCCACCACCACCACCUCCACCUCUUAGCUAACACAGACACCUUUCAAUUCCACAACAAAAUGUACAGUAUGUACAUUUUCUCAAAGACUCCAUACUGUUCAGUAUGUAAUCUGGACCAACCACCUUUCCUCUCUUUAUUCUCUUCAUAGCUGCCUUCACUUCCUCCUUACUAAUCCUCUGCAUUUCCUGAUUCACUAUCUUUUGUCUGUCCUCUUCUCUGAUUUUUUUUAAUUCAUCAGCUCCUUAAAGUACUCCUUCCAUCUGCUCACCACACGUUUCAUUCAUCAGUAUGUUUCCAUCUCUCUUUGUCCUUAAUCACUCUAAAGCUGAGUUUAUGGUCCAACAGAGAGAGCAUGUUUGCUGUCCGCUGGCAGUUUUGGGGUUGCCCGUAUACCUGCAGAGAGCUCCGUUGUCAUAUGGAGGCAGUGUACAAAGUAUGUGGUGCAACCGGUCUGUGAGCCACUUUUGCUUGUGCUGUUGUUGAUCCAUCAGCAUACAUACAGCAUAUAUGACAUACAAAAGAGCUGAAGUGAAGCAGAGUGUUAAAACAGUAAAAAGUUGUCAACUGCAGCCACUGCCUGUUCUGUAUUUUUCACCCCGAAUGGAAAGAUGUACGCUGACAAACACAUUUUUGGGACCAUAAAUUACGCUUAGCCUGCUGCACAUAUUUCGUUACAUACGUUCGUGAAAAUUGAAACCACCAUUUUUUAAACCCAGCAGCAGGGGAAAUGGCUACAAAAAUAACUCUGUGGUCCCCAAGUCUGACGAAAGGCCACAGACCGAGCAGCAGGUAUAUUCUUGCCUCAACGUCCACCUUUUUUUGUAGUGUUCAUGUCGCAUAUUAAUAAAGUUGCAGGGUUUUCUGACGCAUUGCUGUGAUGACAACCACGCAGGUUAGGUAGUACUGAUUUGUAAUGGAGAACCAGUCGAUCUGAGUUGACUCCCAUGGCAAAUCAAUCCGAGUAGGUACUAAUGGAAAAGGGGGAUCUAGAAGAGGGAGGAAAAAUCAAUCAGUAACAUUUGCAAUGUGGCGUUAUAUUUCUGGAGUAAAUAUAACGCAACAUUGCAAAUGUUACACACA